AGCUUGCUAACCUGGCCUCCUCAGCUGUCAGCACUGUAAAUGGUACACGAUCUCAGCCCCUCAAUCCACCACAAAAUCUUCAUUCCUCCUGCCUUCCAAAAAAUGGCUUCCUUUUCUAUAAAAAAAUCUCUACUAACCAUCCUUCUUGCCAGCAUUCUUUUUGCCCCGGUGCCUGGAAACGUAAUGGCUCAGUCCGUGAACAGCACUGUCACACCCCAAUUCUUUGAUGGCAUCAAGAACAAUGCUCCCGCAGUUUGUGCUGGGAAGAGCUUUUACACCCGGGACGCCUUCCUUAGCGCUCUCAAUUCCUUCCCCAACUUUGGACAACUAGGCUCUGCUGAUGACAACAAGCGCGAGGUUGCUGCUUUCUUUGCCCAAGUAUCACAUGAGACUGGAUCUUUCUGUUACACAGAAGAGAUUGACAAGAGUAACACAUAUUGCCAAUCAAGUACUACGUACCCAUGUGCUCCGGGCAAGUCCUACUAUGGCCGAGAUCCACUCCAGCUAAGCUGGAACGUGAACUACGGAGCAGCCGGAGAGGCUCUGGGGCUGGAUUUGCUGAAUAAUCCUGAAACUGUGUCCACUGACCCUGUUGUGUCAUUUAAGACUGCAUUAUGGUACUGGAUGACUGCAGUACGUCCUGUAGUGGGGCAAGGGUUCGGUGCAACGACUCGUGCUAUUAAUGGUCCAGUUGAAUGUGAUGGAAAACGACCUGAUCUGGAUCAGGCCAGGGCAAACCUCUACACCAACUACUGUAGACAGCUUAGUGUUUCUCCUGGAAGCAAUCUCCUAUGUUCUGUCAAAGAUGCUAUUAACGUCAGAGGUGCUGUUUUUUGCACUGUAACUCUACUUAUUAGCUGAACUUGACAUUUAAACUUGGUAGGAAGUUGAGAUUUGAUGUCAUCAUUUCAACAAACAUACAUUAAUUGUAAUUCUCUGACUGUUGAGGGGAUACAGAGCAAUAUAAUCCCUUUCUUUAUGUAACCUUCUCUUGUAUGAAAAAUGAAGAGAAAUGAAAGAGAGAAUGGCUG